AUGCUAGUUAUUCUUCCAAAAUUGUUAAUAUUAUUCGCUUUAUACAAUGGACACUGUGUAUUGUCUAAUGUAUGUACUUCACAGAUAAAUACGAGUAUAUUUAACUGUUCCGGCAGACAUCUUACCGAGAUUCCUGGAUUUAUUCACGAAAGUGUUGCUGAAUUAGAUUUAUCCUAUAAUCUACUUGAAAUACUCCAUGAGGAUAGUUUCACUCGAUUACGUAAUAUUCGCAAGUUAAUUCUCGCCUACAACAGAAUCUACAAAAUCACCGAACGUGCUUUCCUGCCUAUUGCAGAUACUUUAAUAUGGUUGGAUUUACGAUUUAACCAACUGACAUCAAGUAUUCAUGCACCAUUCCCGGUGACAGCAUUUUCUCAACUUAUUCAUGUGGAAUACUUAGAUUUAUCGGGUAAUGCUUUAGGAUUUUUACCAGCUCGAUUUUUAUAUCAUGUUGGGGCGAGUUUGAAUCGUCUAGAAAUGAGUUCUAUACCGAAACGAAUCCAUCUGGAACGGGAUACAUUUUAUGGAUUAAAUCAGCUGCAUUAUUUAAAUUUAGCUAAUAAUACAUUUGCAAAUCUCAUGGAAGAUGCACUACGUGGAUUGAGACCGGAACACUUUUCUUACUUUAAUUUAGAUGGUGUAAAAUGGAUCUGUGAUUGUCAGAUAGUCUGGUUUCGUCGAUGGUUAAGUCGACUGCCGAAGAAAGCUACACAGUUUAGUUUAAAACCAGGCGGUGAAUGCGGCUCUCCAGGACAAUAUCAAAAUAUACCAUUAAUAGUUGAUGAGUACUAUACCAUCAUGUCAUCAACAUCGUCAUCCUCAUCUUAUCGACAUCAUCUUCUCAAGUCGAAUUCAAAUCUCACUGACCAUGCGACACCUAUUGAUGUUUAUGGUUUUCAAGAUCAUAAUUUAACUCUAGUUUGUUCAUUUAUCAGUGAACCUAAAAUGCAGAUUCAAUGGUUUCAUAAUGGUGUACUCAUACAACCACAUUGGUCACGUGUUAUACAAACUAUUAGCCCUGGAAUAAAAUUUAUCACUACACUAUACUUUGAACAUUUGGAUAAAACUAGAGAUGAAGGGGAAUAUAAGUGUCAAACAAGUAAUCAUAAAGGUUAUGCGUCGGCGACCUUCCAUGUACAUGUUCAAAAGUCAAAUGAACAAAUUAAUGAAUUCAAACUAUUCGAUGAUGAUGAUAAAAAUAAUAAUUUUCAUAAAAAUAGCCAAUUUAAUAAUAAUUUAUUUAAUCCAAUUAUAAUUACUAUUUGUAUCAUUUUAUUUAAUGUUACAUUUAUUAUAAUUGGUUUGUGUAUAUUAAAAUGUGUGUACAAUAAACGCGCGCAUUCUCGUAACCAUAGAAAAAAUCGAUUAAUUAAAACAACGAAAGACAACAUUGAACAUUUAAAUGACAACUACACAAAAUCAAUAACUUCAAAUUAUACUCCAGUCAUAGAUAAUAUAUCUCAAGUAAAUGUACUGAAUAAUUUAGAUAAUAAUAAUAAUACAGAGAUAGCAAGUGAUCUCUUACCAAUGUUAUCACAUUUACCUGAUGAAAAUCUAGCGCAAUUACAAAUAAAUCACAUAACACAGUACACAAAUAAUAAAUUAUCAAAUAUAAAUGACCUCAACAUUGAUAAUAUUCCAAAUAAUAAUAAUGAUAACAACAGUUUUAAGUAUACAUUACAAACAAAACUGACACAUUAUUCAAUGAAACAAGAAACACCUUCACCACAAAGUAGUGAUAUGGGUUAUUUAACAUCGAAUGCUUCACAGAAUUGUGAUAGUUUAACAGAACAGUACAACAACUCAAAUUCAAAUCAUCUGGAUUCUGCUGUGUCAAUAAAAUCAGUGAAACCUAAAAGUUAUUAUAAACUAGGCAUUCGAUCUAGAAGUCAUUCACCGGAAUUAAUUUAUUUCCCAGCUAAUAAUACAAAUUCUGCAGUAAUAAUGCCACAAACUACUUAUUCACUUUUCAGUAGUCCAACUACACCAGAACGAUUAACUUAUAAUACUUUAGAGGCAAAUUUACCUGAACAACCGACUACCUCUAAAUAUCAGUAUGAUAAAUGUGAUACAAUAAUACUGGGGGAAUGUAAUAAAUUAAUCACCAGUGAGAAUCUUUCAUGUCCAAUUCAUGGACUAAGCAGUGUAAAUGACGAGAAUGAUUUACUCAGUACAGAUAAAUCAUGUAAAAGGCAUUCAAUAAAAACUCAAAAUAUGUCCAAGUGUCCAAUUCAUGGGGAUAAAAAAACUCUGCAAAGUUGCAAUAAAUUUGAUGGUAAUAGAAAUAAAAUUAACCCGCGAAAAUCAUCUGUAAAAUAUUCAAGUUUAAGAAUGGAUUAUUGUAAUAGAAGUUUAAUGGAAUCUAUGAAAAUGACUACAUUGAAUGGACAGCGUAGAAGUAUGAGAAAUUUACUGAAUAAUAACAUUGAUAAUAAUAAUUAA